AUGCAAUCGCAGACRGAAAACUACGCAGUUGAACUAAAGUUCUUACUUCUACCCAGUAUAACAAAUAUUUCACCAUCGCAACCAAUACCCCCGGAAGAAUUAACAAUACCUGCAAAUAUCCGCUUGGCUGAUACCGGUUUCGAUAAACCUUCGAGAAUAGACGCGAUUCUCGGCAUGCCCAUUUUCUGUGCUUUAUGGCACGCCGGACAGAUUAUUCAAAUCAAYGAAUYAAUAUCUUUGCAAAAUUCACGAUUAGGUUGGAUCGCAGUAACGACCUCAAAUAUGCAUUUGCCACGAAACGUAAAAUGCCAUACCGCACUUAUAGGAUUGCAAGAACAAUUAGAAAAUUCUUGGCGCGUURAGCAAACGCCAGAAAGGAAAAUCAGAUCUCAGRAGGAGGAGUAUUGCGAAUCGCACUAUGAAACUAAUACGCGCCGUGAUCCAUCGGGUAGAUAUAUAGUAAGACUACCACUCAGGGAAAACGCAAAUCAAUUAGGGGAUUCAUACGUCAAUGCACUAAAGAGAUUUCAUGUGUUCGAGCGGUCGUUAGCGCGUAAACCGGGGGUACGCGAAGAGUAUGCGAAACUUUUAUCUGAAUACGAGGAUUUGGGGCAUAUGGAAAGGGUCGAAGAGUCUUCCCGUACAGAAGGCUAUUAUUUGCCACAUCAUGCCGUAGCUAAACAAUCGAGUAUUACAACCAAGCUGCGGKUGGUUUUCGAUGCAUCCGCGAAAUCGAGUAGCGGUCURUCAUUAAAUGAUAUCUUAAUGGUCGGCCCAAUGAUUCAGGAGGACUUAUUCACCAUUCUCUUGAGAUUUCGGUCACAUGCAUUCGCGCUUACUGCAGACAUAGCCAAGAUGUAUCGACAAGUAACAAUGAAUCCGCGUGAUCGUAUUUAUCAGAAUAUUCUUUGGCGUCGAGGAUUAAAUGAACCGGUCGGAACGUACCGACUUAAAACAGUAACAUAUGGCACAGCAACCGCGUCUUGUUUAGCGACUCACACGCUACAUCAACUUGCUAACGACGAAUCAAGACAACACCCAAGGGCAUCCAUUAUCUUAAAGGAAGAUUUCUAUGUCGAUGAYCAAUUAAUGGGAGCCCAUACGAUAGACGAGACUAAACAAAUUCGCGACGAGCUCAUAGCGGUGACAAAUAAGGCGGGCAUGYGUAUACAUCAAACAAUAGGCAAAAAACCAACGGUUGAAUUG